AAUAAAAGCCCAAUAAUCUGUGUCUCUUGCUGAACGCACCUCGCCGUAGCCAUGGUGCUAGCAAUCUCGCCGAGCCUACCUCCCUGUAACAUCGACGCUGGUCUCCAAAAGAUCCAUAGCUUUCUCCUCAUCCACCUGAAAGAAUGUACGGGCAUGACCCAGCUCAAGCAGAUACACGCUCAAGCACUCCGCUCCACGUCUCCUCACCAUCCAAGCACCCUCCUUGUAUUCAGUCGGAUUCUCCAAUUCUCUUCUUUAACUGACUUAGAUUACGCGUAUCGGGUUUUCGAUCAAAUUGAGAACCCCAAUUCCUUCAUAUGGAAUACCUUAAUCCGAGCUUGUGCGACUAAGGUCGUUACAAAGGACCAGGCGAUUAUACUUUACCGGAAAAUGCUGGAGCAAGGACUUGUUGCCCCAGACAAGCAUACCUUUCCGUUUGUUCUGAAGGGUUGUGCUUACUUGUUUGCUUUGGCUGAAGGGAAACAAGUGCACGCCCAUGCUUUGAAACUUGGGUUUGGUUCGGAUGUUUAUGUAAAUAAUAGUUUGAUUCAUUUGUAUGGUAGUUGUGGGUGCCUGGACUUAGCUGAGCAGGUGUUUGAUAAAAUGCCUGAGAGAAGCUUGGUUUCGUGGAAUGUUCUGGUGGAGGCUUUUGUUCAGUUUGGUGAGUUUAAUAGGGCGUUGAAAUUGUUCAACGAGAUGCAGGAUUCGUUUGAUCCUGAUGGGUAUACUUUGCAAAGUAUUAUAAGUGCUUGUGCUGGUCUUGGUGCUUUGUCUUUGGGCAUGUGGGCUCACGCUUAUCUGUUGAGAAAGGGUGAUGUCGAUGCAUCCACUGAUGUUUUGGUGAAGAAUUCGUUAGUGGAUAUGUAUUGCAAAUGUGGUUCUUUGGAGUUAGCUCAGCAGGUCUUUGAGAGGAUGACAGAACGUGAUGUAACUUCAUGGAAUUAUAUGAUUCUAGGAUUUGCAAUGCAUGGGAAGGCUGAGGAAGCGUUAGAAUAUUUUGCUCAAUUGGUCAGGACAGAGAGUUUCAAGCCCAAUUCGAUCACAUUUGUUGGUGUUUUGAGUGCAUGCAAGCACAGAGGCAUGGUUACUGAAGGACGCAAGUAUUUUGAGAUGAUGAUUAAUGAGUACAAGAUUAAACCUGUAGUAGAACACUAUGGAUGCAUGGUUGAUCUCCUUGCUCGUGCUGGGUUUAUAGAAGAAGCUCUUGAUCUUAUAUCAAAGAUGCCCAUGAGACCUGAUGCCGUUAUCUGGAGGAGUCUUCUUGAUGCUUGCAGCAAGACAAAAGCAAGCAUACAGCUGAGUGAAGAGGUAGCCAGGCAGAUCUUUGAAUCAGAAUUCAACAUUGGCAGUGGUGUCUAUGUGCUUUUAUCAAGAAUCUACGCCGCAGCUAAUAGGUGGGAUGACGUUGGAUUGGUAAGGAAAUUGAUGUCCGAUAAAGGCAUAGCAAAAGAGCCUGGCUGUAGCUCAAUAGAGAUAGAUGGCAUUGCUCAUGAGCUUUUUGCAGGAGACACAUCUCAUCCUCAAACUCAACAAAUAUAUAAGAUGUUAGAUGUAAUUGAUGAAAAAUUGGGUUCCUUUGGGUAUUCACCUGAUCAUUCUCAAGCUCACAUGGUUGAUGAGCACGAUGACAAGAGCAGAGAACAUUGUUUGAGGCUGCAUAGCGAGCGACUUGCUAUUGCUCUGGGGCUCUUGAGGUUGCAACCAAGCAUGCCAAUUCGAGUUUUCAAGAAUCUUCGGGUAUGUAACGACUGCCAUGAGGUAACUAAACUAAUCUCAAAAAUUUUUUGUGUUGAGAUUAUUGUAAGAGAUCGUACUAGAUUCCACCACUUUAAGGAUGGUUCUUGCUCAUGCAUGGAUUACUGGUGAUUACUGUUCUAAGUUGUAUAUGAAAUGAUAUAGGAUUGAUGCAUAUUAUGUAUGUCUUUUUCCACUUUGAAAUAAUUAGUUACACUUGUA